AUGCUGGGUUUAUCCACGCGCAUGAUGCCCGCUCAGAUGAAAGCAUUAUUCGAUGCGCGGGGGGACAUGUGGAUGCUUCUAAACAACUGCAGCUUGUACGACCUUAUCUCCGCUGAUGUCGGCCGAUUCAUCCGCGUUGCCAAACUCACAAGGCUCAAACAUGAAAUCAACAAGCGCCUUCGUCCCUCUCAGCACAUUGGCCAUAUCACUCUCUUCAACGGAAUCAACAUCACCUCCGUGCAUAUCGUCUUCACUUCUAGAGUCGGAAACUUGAUCUACUUCAGCAAAUACCACUGGAGUGGGGAGAUCAAUAGUAUCUAG